UAUUAAACGUCUCAUGUCCGACAUUUAUUGUUGAACACAGAACGAUCAUUAAAUAGCUAUUUAUUGAUAUUCCAUCUAAAGAAAAGAUUCUCAUGGAUGCUUCUGAAUUAAUUUUGAACCUCGUGCAGAAAGCCGCGGUUAAAACGGAAGUUAAGGAAAAAAAUUUAAGCGAUUGCGAAGGAUUUUCUAAUUGUGAUAGUCCAUCUCCUAGUCAACAUGCAAUCGACAACAAUUCAUUUUCCUGUAGCGCGCCUGAAAAGUCGCGAGGAAAUUGUAAAAAGGAAAAAUCUGAAGAAGAAAUGUUCAAGGUUUCCUUGGCGACGAACGAUGAAGAUUUGGAAAACGAUAAAGAGAAUGUAUUAAAGAAGAAGAUACGGUUGGAAGCGAGACAGAUUUGUAGUAAUCGUGAAAAAAGCGAUGAAGAGAAAAUCUUCGUGCUGCAGCAACUCGGUCGAUCGCAGAUACGUCCAGAAGGAUUCCCAGCAUUUCUAUGCAUCGAUGGGAGAAUUGCCGAUUCGAAUGGAGUUAAACGAAAAAUCCCACGACCAGCGAACGCUUUCAUGUUAUUCGCCAAUGAAUGGCGAAAAAAGCUCGCUGCGGAAAAUCCUCGGGAGUCUAACAAGGACAUUAGUGUUAGGCUAGUUUUUUUCCUUUAUAAUACAUAA